AGGGAGGGAGGAAGGGAGGGAAGGAACUGGGAAGCGUAUUUAAAUGCAGGGUAGGAGGCGACAGAAAACAGGUGAUUUAUGUUCUAAAGCCCGCUCUCUCCAGCAGCCUGCUCACUGCGCUGCACUGCAUGACAGAGCUUCCUCCCUGAGCAGCACAAACAGGUUUGCUUUGACGGAGCUGCAGUGUGGCGUAGUAGCGCGUGCGAUCAUAAGCUGCCCUAUCUGCUCAGACCUCUCUCCUGGGGUUUCUGUGCGAGCGGCACAACAUGGGGAAGCCCCCAGCCUUGAACCCCGCCAGGACCCUGCAGCGUGCCGACAGGUGAAACCAGGUCGGAGAUGUCUCGGUUCCUCUGGAGGGGGAGGGUGGCGUGGGCUCAAGGGGCCGGCGAGGAGACCCGCUCGGAGAGGGAGAAGAAAUGGGCUGAGCUGUUUGAGCAGUUGGACGCUAACAAGGACGGACGGGUGGAUGUGACCGAGCUGGGGGAAGGAUUGAGGUCCAUGGGCUUGUUCCUGCAAGCCAACUCCGAGCAGGAGAUUGUGCGAGUGGGAGAUACGGACCACGAUGGGCAGCUGGAUCUGGCCGAGUUCACCGAGUACCUGCGGCAACACGAGAAAGCCCUGCGUUUGGUCUUCAGUAACCUGGACCGUAAUCAUGACGGCCUCAUCGACAUCGCUGAGAUACAGCAAUCGCUGGCAAACCUGGGUAUCGUGAUCACAGAGGAGCAGGCCAAGGCCAUCCUGCUCAGUAUGGACAAGGACGGCACCAUCACAGUGGACUGGAUAGAGUUUCGGGAUCACUUCAUCUUUAAUCCCCUGACAGACCUUCAGGGCAUCGCAGAGUACUGGAAGCACCGGGCGUUCCUGGAUAUCGGGGAAUCGAUCCGGAUUUCGGAUGAGUUUUCCCAGGAGGAUUGGACGGCUGGGGUUUGGUGGCGGCAGCUGCUGGCGGGGGCGAUGGCAGGCGCCGUGUCGCGGACUUGCACGGCCCCCCUCGACCGUCUGAAGAUCUACAUGCAGGUUUACGCCUCUUCUGACAAGCUGAACCUGAAGAGCGGCUGGAAGACGCUAGUGCGGGAGGGCGGCUUCCUGUCUAUGUGGCGAGGAAACGGCAUCAACGUGUUGAAGAUCACCCCAGAGAGCAGCAUUAAGUUCAUGUCGUACGAACAGUAUAAAAAGCUCUUCCUGACCAGCCACAAGCCCCUGGGGGCUGGAGACCGUUUCCUGGCGGGCUCGCUGGCUGGAGUCACCUCACAGACCUGCAUUUACCCCAUGGAGGUGCUGAAGACAAGACUGGGGCUGGGGAAGACUGGGGAAUACUUUGGAAUUGUCGACUGUGCCAAGAAAAUGCUGGAAAGGGAAGGUUUGCGUUCGUUCUACAAAGGCUACUUCCCCAACACUCUGGGCAUCAUCCCUUACGCUGGCAUCGACCUGGCCAUCUAUGAAACCAUGAAGAACAUGUAUGUGCAGCAUUCCGGUGGUAAUGUGUCUCAGCCCAGCGUGUUUGUCCUGCUCGGCUGUGGCACCAUCUCGAGCACCUGUGGCCAACUGGCCAGCUACCCCCUGGCACUCAUUAAAACACAGAUGCAGGCGCAAGCGGGAAGCACAGGAUCUCCACAGCUGAACAUGAUCCACAUCUUUAAGCGGAUCCUGAAGCAAGACGGUUUCCUGGGCCUUUACAGAGGACUGGCUCCCAACUUCCUGAAGGUGAUUCCAGCCGUCAGCAUCAGCUACGUGGUGUAUGAGAACAUGAAACACAUGUUGGGGAUCACCUCCAAGUAAUGUAAUUACCUCCCCACCUCUCCUCCCUUCCCCCACUCACUCCCCCCACCACCACCCAUUUUCCUCCAUCCCCCCACACCACCACCCGAAAAGGUCAUUUACAAGACUAUUUUACGACUUAAGAAUGAAGAUAUUUGAAUGUGAAAAUGAAUGUAAAUGUGAAUUCUCAGCGCUUCAGAACAGCCGAGGUUCAGUUUGCACAUCUGAUCUCUGUCCUCAAAGACUGUUCUGCACGGAAGCUUGUGUUCCCAGGGUCCCGCUCUGGAUUUGAUCCCGAUCUCCCGAUCUGCACUGGGGUCAGCUCCCAACCCGCACGAGAACCCUCAUCAGAAUCCACUCCCAAUCCACACUAGAAUCCACUCCCGAUCCGCACCAGAAUCCACUCCUGCACCAGAAUCCAUUCACGACCUGACCAGAAUCCACACCAGGAUCAGCUCCCGAUCCGUACGGGGAAUCAGACACGAAUGCUUUCUGCCUCACGUUCCCACUCUCACACAAAAUCACACCCAUAUAUGUGUAUAUAUAUAUACACUG